AUGCCUUCCACUUUGUGCCCCAGCGGCCUUGACGAUCCUUCAGCAGGCGGUGACGCCAUCUCCCCCUCUUCCUACGUCUUCCUCAGCCCUCCAAGCACCCAAUACGUAUCCAAGCAAGCAGCCAUCCUGAUCCUGGAGCUUCCUGAUGGUCGCGGCGGCAGAGCCAUCUCCGCCUCGUCUCAAGUCCAGUCCGGUAGUCAAGUAGCCAGAGACUCUGGCGAGGGAGCUCUCGCCUUGCGUUCCGUUCCUGACUCGACCAAGACAUCCCAAGCCCAACACUCGACUAUCCUUCCCUGA